CAAAUUCCCCAUUUUUGACCCCAAAUCCCCCAUUUUUGACCCCAAAACGCACCGGAUUGACCUCAAAAUCCCCUGAUUCGACCCCAAAUGCCCCGAUUUAACCCCAAAAUUCCCAUUUUUCUCCCUAAAAUGCUCACCAGUUGUCAUAUUUGGGCAGCGGAUGCAGCACCCCGUCCUCCUGCAGCCCCCUGAGCAGCUCCUUGCCCUCCUCCUCGGAUCCAUCGCACAGCAAAACUUCCCUGGGUCGGCACAACCGGGUGGCUUCCUCCACGAAAUCCCGCGCCGCCGCCGGCAAAGCGGACAGGGAUGUGCUCAGCCUGCGCCGUGCCAGCACCACGCUGCCAAAACCGGGGAGAAAACGGGGGGAAAGUGGGAAAAAAUGAGAGGAAAUUAAGCAAGAUGGCCAUUAACGCGAAAUCCAAGAUGGCCGACUGCCCACCAAGCCAAAAUGGCCACCCACAGGAAGAAAAGAUGGCUGCCAACAGGAAGCCAAGAUGGCCGCUUGCCCACCAAGCCAAGAUGGCUGCCAACAGGAAGCGAAGAAGACCAACAACAGGAAAGCAAGAUGACUGCCUACCCACCAGGCCAAAAUGGCUGCCAACAGGAAGCCAAGAUGGCCGUCUGCCAACCAGGCCAAGAUGGCCGCCAACAGGAAACCAAGAUGGCCAACAACAGGAAAGCAAGAUGGCUGCCUGGCCACCAAGCCAAAAUGGCCGCCAACAGGAAGCCAAGAUGGCCGUCUGCCAACCAAGCCAAGAUGGCCACCAACAGGAAGCCGAGAUGGCCAACAACAGGAAGCCAAGAUGGCCGACUGUCCACCAAGCGAAGAUGGCCGCCAAUAGGAAGCCAAGAUGGCCAACAACAGGAAGCCAAGAUGGCCGACUGUCCACCAAGCGAAGAUGGCCGCCAACAGGAAGCCAAGAUGGCCAUCUGCCCACCAAGUCAAGAUGGCCACCAACAGGAAGCCAAGAUGGCCGACAAUAGGAAAACAAGAUGGCGUGCUCAGCCUGCGCCGUGCCAGCACCACGCUGCCAAAACCGGGGAGAAAACGGGGGGGAAAGUGGGAAAAAAUGAGAGGAAAUUAAGCAAGAUGGCCAUUAACGCGAAAUCCAAGAUGGCCGACUGCCCACCAAGCCAAAAUGGCCACCCACAGGAAGAAAAGAUGGUCGUCAACAGGAAGCCAAGAUGGCCACCAACAGGAAGCCAAGAUGGCCGCCAACAGGAAGCCAAGAUGGCCGUCUGCCAACCAGGCCAAGAUGGCCGCCAACAGGAAGACAGGAUGGCUGCCAAACGGAAGACAGGAUGGCCGCCUGCCCACCAAGCCAAGAUGGCCGCCAACAGGAAAGCAAGAUAGCCACCUGCCCACCAAGUCAAGAUGGCCACUAACAGGAAGCCAAGAUGGCCGACAAUAGGAAAACAAGAUGGCGUGCUCAGCCUGCGCCGUGCCAGCACCACGCUGCCAAAACCGGGGAGAAAACGGGGGGAAAGUGGAAAAAAAUGAGAGGAAUGUAGGCAAGAUGGCCGCCAAUAGGAAGCCAAGAUGGCCGUCUGCCAACCAGGCCAAAA